CGGGACAAUGGGACGAAUACCGCGAGGGUGCAUUGAUAACGAUAGGUCUUGAUUAAAUGUCGGAGAUAUUGAGCGCGGCCUUUGGUGCUCGUCUUUCUGUCAUGGGUUUUCGGCUGACGUCAAGUUGCUUUCUGAUUCCCAAAUUGUGCCGCUGAGCGACCAAAACAUCGGCCAACCCUCACACACUCGCACACAACAUCUCGCUGCGGUGCCCUGGAAACCCCCACUGGACGGUCGGGAGAACAGGCGCUUAACCCCUUCUAAUCAAAAUAUGGAUUUGGGGGGUUUCCUCGCAAGUUCGACUAACUUUUAUGUCAGUUGCUGAUGGCGGUAAAAUCGGCGCCUGUUGCUACAACCAUUUGACCAGCUGCUCCGUAUGUCCUCGUCGGGCAUUGUGUUUAAACCUUUUUUUCAAGCUUGUUCCCAAGCCAAGCCGUGAUUUUCAAGCCAGUCUUGAGUGUAAUUCUUAGUUUGGGCAAGAAAUUCCGCUUCCGGGACCGAGCAUCUUUGGCCUUGCGGUACCUUGCAGUAAGCGACGCAGCAUGCAGGUGGCCCGGAGAAACGUGGGAUGACGCACAAGGCCUGCUUCAAAGAAGGAAUUCCAGGAGACACUACAAAAUAAAGGCUCAAGGAACCGAAGUUUCUGAUCAGUCACAGCCGACGAUUCAGUCAGCAAUCUUCAGGUGCCAACUAAUUCUUGCAGCUCGGCACACUCAUAACGUUGUAAAAAAUGCGGGCAUAAUACCCCAGAUGCACCCAGACUACCAAUACACGACAUACCUGUUGAUCUGGGGUUAACUAAAUACAUUUUUUUCUCUUUUACAUAACAAAACAGGUCACUGGGCCAUGGUCAAUAUUACCGGGGGGCUGACGAUUGAGUUCAGGGCAACAAAACUCUCAUAUAGCGAGCCAUCGCUACACCUACCCAAGGGCUCUAGAUUCAGAAUCAUGUAGCGGCGUCGUUUCGCACUUGUUCUACUGGUCUUGGCGCCUUCCAAAUUUUGGGAUGCAUCCGAGCCCAAUAUCGGAGGCACCGCAUUCAAAUUCACGACCUGAACUUGACGUCUUCGGAUGAUUCUUGGGUGCUUGACAUUUGUCGUGCGGGAGUCGCAUAUCUGCAUCAAAGAUAUCCGUUCUCGCAGCUCCCACCACCACCACCAUUCUCUUACCUCUUGUUCUUGUGUACUUGGCAACUUGGCGGCUUUUUUUCUUCCCAAUUUUCUUUUUCCUGUUUGUCCUUGUUUGUUUCCGCGUUCAUAUCCUGCAGAUGCAACACAGUCCCCUUCUUCUUGGCAUCCCAUGAUCAAGUGUGCACCCUCUUUGUUGACUCUAUCUUUCUUUUCAACUGUUCUAUAGGUAGCUGCCUGGAUUGCCACCGUGUGAGCUCGUGGGAGAAGUUCUGUUGUUUUUUUUUUUUCGAUUCCUUCUUUUUUUUGCCGUAGUGUCGAACAACUCGAUGAACCACCCCCGCUACAUAGAACAUGUUCCGAGUGAGCAGUUUCGACAUCCCCGGGUGGAGGCCAAUGACGAUGGCGACAGGUAUCGCCUCGACGGAGACUGGCCCUUCACCCUCGGUAACGGCACCACAUUCCCUCAACCACAAUAUUGGCAGCCGCCAAGGCUCCCUGAGACGCAGAGCCCGGGGCUCCAUCAGGGGUCGAUAUCAAAAACGCACAUGGACAAUGGGCCGGUCGACCAGGAGAAAAGCGGCUCCGUGCUGAACGAGGGCGAAUGUAGCAUCCGAGGUGGCAGCAGCCAAGGCAGCGACGAUUCUCAUCAAGAUCCCAGCCUCCUGAUGAGCUUCCUCGGCACCACGCGUAGGAUACUCUUAUCCAGCUACAUCAACGUCCUCCUACUCUUUGUCCCGGUCGGCAUCGUGCUAGGAAACAUCCCGUCCAUGAAGGGGCCGGUCAUAUUCACCAUGAACGCCAUCGCAAUCAUCCCACUGGCUGGGCUUCUCAGCAUGGCCACCGAGACCAUGGCGGCGAGCCGGGGCCCAGCCGUCGGGGCCCUGAUGAACAUCACCUUUGGCAACGCCGUCGAGCUCAUCAUCUUUGUCAUCGCCUUGGUCAAGGAUGAGGUGCGCAUCGUGCAGGCCAGUCUCCUGGGGAGCAUACUGGCCAACUUAUUGUUAAUAUUGGGCAUGUGCUUCCUGCUUGGAGGCCUUCGGUUCCGGGAGCAGGUCUACAAUGCCACCGCCACACAGACCAUGGCAUGUCUGCUGAGUUUGAGCGUCAUAAGUCUGGUGCUUCCUACCGCAUUCCAUGUAUCCUUCCAGGACAAUGCCCUUGCAAAGAAACGAGACGUGAUCAUAAGUCGCAUCACAAGUAUUGUUCUCUUGAUUGUUUAUCUUCUGUAUCUUGUGUUUCAGCUCAAGACUCAUUCAUACCUAUACAAAUAUCUUCCACAAGAAAUAAUCGAUGAAGAGUCCCAGCCCGGUCCCGUCGCCGCAUUUCUUCACGAAGAUUCAAGCAGCGACUCCAGCUCGGACUGCUCUUGCAGUCUCAAAGGCGACCACUCGCAAGUGGCCAGCAAAUGCCGUGCCGUCAUGCGAUCCCUCGGCAAAGGCCGCUUCUCGCCAAACACAUCAUCAAGCGGUGUCCAUCUCCUCCAUACUUGUGCGCUCGCUGCACAUGGCGGGCCUAUUUGUCAAAGUUGCCCGCGACCAGCUCCGGCAGUUCCUAUCGAAGAUGAUGGCGAUCUGGGAUCUGGCCUACGGCCAUCGAUACGGCCAUCAACACCGCAAAGACGCCUACCCAGCCUUCAUGUAUAUGGCCCCAGCUUCGCUGACGACUCGGAACUACCAACCCGUUCCAGCUCAGCAAUCGGAACCAACGCCGCGCCAGAAAACGCACCCCCGAAACUUGCAAAAUCCAGCUUCCUGGCCUCCAUCGGCCGCAGCCUCACCCCAACCAUCCUCAAGGAGCGGCCACCCAGCAUCGCCGCCGGCAGCGUAGAGCUGGUGAACCCCCGCCACCGCCCGAGGUCUUUACUCCCGGCCAACGACCCGCCCGAGGAACUCCUCUCAACCAAGGCGGCCCUCAUCCUCCUGGUCGCGUCGACGGGCCUCGUGGCCUACUGCGCGGAGCUGAUGGUGACGUCCAUGUCGUCCAUGCUGGCGACGAGCCCACCCGUCAUUGGCGAGGCCUUCAUCGGGCUCAUCGUGCUGCCCGUGGUCGGCAACGCAGCCGAGCACGUGACGGCAAUCACGGUGGCGCUCAAGAACAAGAUGGACCUCGCCAUCGCCGUCGCCGUCGGCUCCUCGAUCCAGAUCGCCCUGUUUGUCACUCCCUUUAUGGUCAUUCUAGGCUGGAUGCUCGAGCGCGACAUGACGCUCCGCUUCACCCUGUUUGAGACCGUCUGCCUCUUCCUCGCCACUUUUAUCGUUGGGUUCCUCGUCCUCGACGGCAGGAGCAACUACCUAGAGGGUGCCCUGCUGCUCGCCGCCUACGUCAUCGUGGCCGUCGUGGCAUUCUACUACCCUUCCCAGACAGAAGUGGGAAUUGUUGCUGGUUGAGCAAAUGCGAUGGGUCUUUCUCUCUCUCUUUUUUUUCUGCUCUCUUUGUCUAUCUCUCUUGGUUUUCUGGGCGGAUUCCGUUCUGGGCGGGGUUUCGUGAAUCUCGCAACGAUACAACUAUGCUGAAAAACAAGGGGGGCCGGAAGGUCAAUCGCAAGGUUUUUUUUCUUACUUUUUUUUCCCCGGGAAACAAAUGUUAAUACCAAAAGCGGAGGUCUAGAUCCUUGGGCUUUGUUUUGAAACAACUGGUGUCGAGUAUAAAAAAAUAUAUGUAAACGU